AACCUUAAACAGACCAUGGAGAAUUUGUUAUCUCUACUCUGUUGCCAUUAUUCUUUGCUGAUUUUAUUUCAGCAAAAGUACCAGGUGUACGGAAACCACUCCCAGCUACCCAAACACCCAGGGUUCAAAGUCCUGGCAUCAGCUUCCCAUUACUGGCCACUGGAAGAUGUGGAUGGAAUUCACGAGUUUCGGGAUACGAAUGGAGCUCUAAGAAUCCACAACUUCACUGUGCUUCCUUCCCAUAACUCUACCUUUGUAAAUACCAAUGACUCUGCCUACUCUAACUUCUCUGCAACUGUAGAUAUUGUAGAAGGGAUGGUGAACAAAGGAAUUUACGUCACUGAAAAGAAAGGAGUCACCUUUCUCUUCUUUGGAAGUUAUCGAAAUUCUUGCAUUAGUAAUCCAGAGGCUUGUGGGCCUGAAGGAGUAACAUUUUCCUUUUUCUGGAAGACUCAAGACCAGCAGGCCAAACUUCUCCCGGCCUCUGGUGGACAAGUCAUUUCCAGUGGUUUCAAAAUCUGCUCAAACGAAGGUGAAGGCUCUGUGGAAUUUUACACCCGUGGGAAUGCAAUGAUGAAGUGGAAAGCAAGCUUUAGUCCACCAGGUCCCUACUGGACUCACGUUCUCUUCACCUGGCAGUCCAGGGAGGGGCUCAAGGUCUAUGUCAACGGCACCCUGAACACCACGGACCCUGCUGGGAAGGUUUUCUACGACUACGGCGACGCCGGCGCCAACCUCCUGACAGGGACGGAGGGGGACCCGGCCAAGCGCUUCGUGAAUGGGGCCUUCGACGAGUUCAUCAUCUGGGAACGGGCCCUCAGCCCCCACGAGGUCCGGCAGUACUUCACCGCUGCCGUCGGUGUGCAAGUUCUGCUUUCUUCAACACUUCCAUGGUCCCUGGUGACAACCACCACAAACCCCGUGCUCCCCACCGACGCCUACCAGCCCAUCAUCAGUGCCCUGAGCCAGGAGCGGGGCAGCUCCCAGGCCCCCCGUUCCCUGCUGGAGCACCUGCAGAACGUGUCCCUGAGCCUGCCCAAGAAAUCCCUGGCAGAACUCACUGCCCAGAGCCUGGCCGAGGCAUUUUUAAAAGCUGUUGAAGACUUUAUGUUACUGUCUGACUGGAUUGAUGGACCAGAGACCCCCGAGGUGUUCAGCAGCCUGAUCCACACCAUCGACACGGUGAUGGCUCACCUGUCCCUCAACCUGCACGGCUCCUCCUCGCUGCCCCUGACCCUCGAGGGCUCCUCAUCUGUGGCAGAUUACGCUGUGGCCAAAAUGCAUCCUCAGACCCUGAACGUGUCCCACUAUCGAUUCCCAUCUCGAGGGCACAGUUACGUUUCCAUUCCCAGUGAAGCUUUCCAUGGAAAAGCCUGGAUCACCAUCGUGGGCCUGCUUUACCAUAACAUGCAUUAUUUCUUCCAUAACAUCAACCCUGUGGACACCAGGAUUGCUGAAGCUGCUGCCUACAAAGGCUACAUGAUCUCAGCCAGCAGUUACCUCAUCUCUAUCAAAGUGGAGCCUGUGCCCCAGCUGUCCUACAACCUGUCAGGGUCUCCUCUCCUCAGCAUCCAGCUCACCCACAGGCUGACACCCAGACAAUACAGCCAAGCACUAAAUAAAAGUAACAGAGUUCAUCUUUACUGUGCAUUUCUGGAUUAUAGCAAUGGGACUGGGGUCUGGUCUAACGAGGGCUGUGUGCGUGAGAGCGGGGACCUCAACCACUCCGUGUGCCUCUGCAACCACCUCACCAACUUUGCCAUCUUGAUGCAAGUGGUGCCUCUGAAGCUGACGAGAGAGCACCAGGUGGCCCUGUCCUCCAUCACCUACAUCGGCUGUGCUCUGUCCAUCUUCUGCCUGACCAUCACGCUGGUCACCUUCGCCGUGCUCUCGUCUGUCAGCACCAUCCGUAACCAGCGCUACCACAUCCACGCCAACCUGUCCUGCGCCGUGCUGCUGGCCCAGGUGCUGCUGCUCACCAGCUUCCAGCUCAGCCCCUCCACUCUGCCUUGCAAGAUAUUGGCCAUUCUCCUUCAUUUUUUCUUCCUGAGUGCUUUUGCAUGGAUGCUGGUGGAAGGAUUUCAUCUUUACAGCAUGGUGAUCAAAGUAUUUGGGUCAGAAGAAAGCAAGCACUUAUAUUAUUAUGGAAUUGGAUGGGGCUGCCCACUGGUGAUCUGUGUCAUUUCUGCAACCUCGUCCCUGGACAGCUACGGAGAAAGUGGCAACUGCUGGCUUUCACUGGAGAACGGAGCAAUCUGGGCUUUUGUGGCACCAGCCAUGUUUGUCAUUCUGGUGAACAUUGGCAUUCUCAUUGCUGUCACAAGAGUCAUCUCCAGAAUCAGUGCAGACAACUACAAGGUCCACGGAGAUGCUAAUGCCUUCAAACUAACAGCUAAAGCCGUGGCUGUUCUCUUACCAAUCUUGGGGAGCUCGUGGAUCUUUGGCAUUUUGGCUGUCAAUGCCCACGCUUUAGUAUUUCAGUAUAUAUUUGCUGUUUUUAAUUCACUACAAGGAUUUUUCAUGUUCCUGUUUCACUGUCUCCUGAACUCAGAGGUCAGAGCUGCCUUUAAGCACAAAACCAAGGUCUGGUCCCUCACCAGCAGUUCAACUCGCAACAUCAAUGUGAAGCCCUUCAAUUCAGACAUUAUGACUGGGAACAGGCCAGGCACGACUCCCACGAAGCUGAACACCUGGGAUAAAAGCACCAAUUCAGCGAACCGCAUUGAUUUAUCUGCAGUCUGA